AUGAAGACCACCGCUCUCAUCUCCUUGCUUGGUCUGUCCGGCGCUGCCGUGGGCGCGGCCAUAGACAAGUCCAAGCCCUCAAGCGAGCCCUUUGGUUACAAGUCUGGCUCAAAGGAGUCUAUUGCCAACCUCAAGGAUAAGAUUGAGAACGUCGUCUGGAUUCUUCUGGAAAAUCGCGGGUUCGACAACAUCCUGGGUGGUGUGAAGAAGAAGGGGUUGGACAAUGUUGUUAACAAUGGCCCUUUCUAUAACCUGGAGGAUGUCAGCAACCCCCAGAGCAAGAAGUGGCCCACCCAGCACAAGAACUACGACUCAGUUCUCAAUGACCCUGAUCACUCGCUCACUGGUACCAACUUCGAGCUCUACGGCCAGUAUAGCCCUAACAAUGAAGCCAUUGCCAAUGGCUCUUUGACCGCCAACUUGUCAGGCUUUGUCAACCGCCAUAUGCUCAAGUACCCCAAGAUCUCUGCCCAGCGAGCAGUGGACGAGGUCAUGGGAUACUACUCCGAGGAACAAAUCCCCACCAUCGUUGACAUGGUUGAUGAGUUCACGACCUUCAACAACUGGCACUCCUGUGUCCCUGGUCCCACUAACCCCAACCGUCUCUGCGCAGUCGCAGGUGUCACCGAUGGCCACGGCAAGAACGACAACGACUUCGAAGUCUCCGCCAUCCAGACCACCAGCAUCUUCGAAGCUGCCUCAGAGAAGGGCAUCUCAUGGCUCAACUACGACGGCACCAACGGUGCCUUCCUGCCCGAUUCCAUGUUCUUCGACUGGACCGCCAAAAACGCCAAGAAGAACGUCGUUCCCCUCGAGAACUUCUACCAAGACGCCUACCUAGGCAUUCUACCCCAGCUCUCCUACAUCAACCCAUCCUGCUGCGGUCUGAACACCAACUCCAUGCACCCCUCCGGCAACGUCUCCUACGGCGAGGUCCUCCUGAAGCAGAUCUACGAUGCCGUCCGCACCGGCCCUCAAUGGGACAAGACCCUUCUUCUUGUCACCUUUGAUGAGACAGGUGGAUUCUUCGAUCACGUCGCGCCCCCUCUUGCCGUCCGCCCCGACGACAAGACCUACACCGAGAAGGGAUAUGAUGGCAGCCAGUACACCUUCAGCUUUGAUCGUCUCGGUGGUCGUAUUCCUACCUGGUUGCUGUCUCCUUAUACUCCCAAGGGUCACGUUGAGGGAUACGGUACCGAUCCCGCUACUGGCGAGUCUUCCGCAUACAGUGCUACCUCGGUGCUCAAGACUCUUGGGUACUUGUGGGAUCUUAAGGAUAUGAGUCCUCGUGUCGAGCACUCGCCUGCCUUUGAUCAUCUCAUUGGCCAGAAGUUGCGCGAUACUCCCAAGACCCUCAAGAACCCUCACGUGUUCCCUAAUGAUGUUUGA